AUGGCGUCUUACCCGCCAGUCUCGAGUCCGCUCCCAGCAGAAGAGUACGAGCUCCCCUCCAUCACCGACAUCGAAGCAGGACCCUCGAGACCUCGCCAAUCAAUUGCAGCUCCCAAAGCACGUACAUUGACUCUACAUCCCUCUAGUUCUACAGCAAACCUGUUAUUCUCAGCACCUGCCGCUGGACUGCCCACACCGAAGAAGAGACACACCAGGACACAUUCCUAUCCCGAUUCCCCCGAAGAUGCAUUAACACCACGUCGUCUACAUCGAGAUGCGUUUCUGAAUGAGGAGGAAAGGGCAAAUGAUGCGGAAGAAGUCAACUUGCCCGACUUCGGACAUAUGUUGGGGUUCAAUGAUGAAGGUGAAGAUCAUUUCGCAAUAGCUCAGGGAAUGAAGACGAGGUGGAAGAGGAAACUAUACUUGUUGUUGGAAGAACCAAAUAGUGGCAGAGAAGCUUUCUUCAUUCAUAUUGCCGUCACUGGGACUAUAAUAUUCAGUGCAAUUCUGACUACUCUAUCCACAAUGCCAGCAUUCCACACCGACCCAACAUCCACCCGAGCUCUCUUCGGCCUAGAUACGUUCAUCGUCAUCCUCUUCACUAUCGAAUACCUUGCCAGAUCUCUAGCUCAUUCAGAUAGUUGGUCAAUGUACUACAACUGGGUAACAUCGUUUUUCGCUUUACUCGACGUAAUAGCAAUUCUCCCUUACUACAUCGAAGUAGCUCAAAAUGAAGAUACCACUAUCCUCUUUCGAUUUUCUAUAUUGCGAACAUUCAGAUUACUACGUGUAUUUAGAGCAUUCAAAUAUCAAAACCAAAUGUUACUCACUAUCGAGGUGAUGUACGUAGCGGUCCGUCGAUCGAAAGAUGCUUUAUUGGCAUUAUCAUUCUUCAUCCUUUUGGUCUUGAUCCUUUCUUCGACGUUGUUAUAUUUCGCCGAAAGGGGUACAUGGGACAAUCAACUUGGAGCAUUUAUUGAUUCGGAUGGUGAUCCAAGUCAAUUCGAUUCUAUACCUAAAACAGCUUGGUUCUCCUUAGUCACCAUGUCGACAGUAGGAUACGGCGAAAUCACUCCGAAAUCAUUUUUGGGCAAAUUGAUUACAGUACCAUUAUUGAUGUUUGGUCUGCUGUUGAUCGCUUUACCGAGCUUCGUACUGGGAAGGAAUUUUGCUAUCGUCUUUGAUGCUAUGACUAGGCAAGUGCCUAAACCGCCAUCCAACAUGACCUCACCACGACAAUCACUCGAUGCCCCUCCUCCAGCUACUUCCCUACCUACCGAGAACUCCUCCGCACCCCUCUUACAUACCUUCUCCAACACGUCUACUCCCACACCGCAGGUCCCUUCGACAGCACCCCUAGCAAGGGCCAGGGCGAUAUCCCCUCUACCCCCUUCUAGCAAUAUGGUGCCUUCAUCAUCGGCAUCUUCAGUCAGAGGUCUGGGUAAUCUACCUAGGAUGUGGGAUGGUGGACCCGAUGGUACGCCUGUAUCAUCCAUGUCGGAGAAGAUGAGAGGUGAUUUGACGAAUGUCAAGUUGGCCAAGAACCAGAUUGUGCUGCUCGAGCAGAUUGAUAGCUUGCGUAAGACCAUCGAUCGUCAAGGUGAUCUUCUAACUCGCUUAGCCUCUGCGUUAGAUGUGAAAGAAGUACGAGAGAGGGAACGCAGCCUUAGAACAUCGACGAGGAAUAGUAUGAAUAUAGAAGAUAGAAGACACAAUAUCGAUGAGAAAGAUCAAUUCGCUCUGGGAGAGAGCGACGAAGAUGAUGAGAAGUAG